AUGCAAGAACUGGCUGUUAAAGGACACGACGAGAAGGAAAGUUCCGCUAACAAGAACGAGCUCCCUCCUCCAUACUACUCUGUUGAGGUGCACACCGUCCCGCCCCUCCAGUCCUAUGAAGAGCUAGUCUAUGGAGCGGGUCCAAGGCACACUCAUCCCAACCAGCUAUACUACAUCCCCCAGCAUCCCCCACCAGUGGCUACGCAGCAUGUCUGCCAGCCCAGUUUAUCUCUUUCUAACAAGAAGAAGAAAGGCAAAUUCUGCCACCGUAGUGCCAAGUGCUUUGGUGGGUCAGGAGGCAUCGUUCUGCUGCUCCUCCUGGGCAUUGCCAUCUGGCUCGGAGUGCGUUACGGUACCAGGUUGGGAACUGCGGCUGCCACCCUCGACCACCAUGACAGUGAGGAUGAGGGGCACUAUGAGAAGCAGUUGAGCGUGCCCGUUCAUGACACCUGCUCCAACUCCACCGUCCAAUGUGACGCUCUGCGAGACUGCCGACUGGGCACGGACGAGUCCAACUGUGUGAGGUUUGGUGCGGACGGUGCUCUACAAGUCAGAAUGUCUCAGGACGACCGUUUCCUCCCGGUGUGUUACCAGGGAUGGGACCAGAGCUACGCCGACCGAACCUGUGCCCAACUGGGCUUCAGAAAGUCCUUUGCAACCAAGGCCGUGAAAUCCCAGCAGUCCAUUGGUCUAACCCUGAACAACAGAUCGUCUUUACCCAUCCAGGGCCAGGUCAGCGUCGGCUCUUCCUGCCCUGACCAGAAUACGGUCUCUCUGAAGUGUAUUGAUUGUGGGCGUCAGCAGUUGACCUCCCGGAUCAUAGGGGGCACUGUUGCCAAGCUGGGCCAAUGGCCCUGGCAACUGUCUCUGCACUUUGGUAGAUCACAUGUCUGUGGAGGGGUCCUGGUGUCCCCUGACUUUGUGGUGACAGCUGCCCACUGCUUCCCCAGUAAGUGGCAUGUGUACGGAGGAGUGGUGUCUCAAGACAAGCUUCCUUCUCCCUACCUCGUAGAGAAGAUCAUAGUGAAUGAGAACUACAACAACGUAACCAACGACCAGGACAUCGCCAUUCUGAAGCUGGCCUCACCAGUGGACUUCACUAAUGCAGUUCAGCCUGCCUGUUUGCCAGCCUUUGACCAGACAUUCCCCCGCGGAACCAAAUGCUGGACCUCGGGCUUCGGAACAAUAGAUAAUGGAUCAGCGAAACCCUCCAAAGACCUGAUGCAGGUGACCGUUGACAUCAUCGACGUGCGUGUGUGUAACAGCUCCAAGGUAUACUCUGGCAGUGUGUCCAACAACAUGCUGUGUGCCGGUGAUCUCAACGGGGGCAGGGACUCCUGUCAGGGAGACAGUGGUGGUCCUCUGGUGUGCAAGACCAGUGACAACCUUUGGCAGCUGGUGGGCAUGACCAGCUGGGGCAGCGGCUGUGGGCAGAGUAACAGGCCGGGGGUCUACACCAAGGUGUCCAGCCUACUGCCCUGGAUCUACAGCAAGAUGCAGCUGGAGAAUCCGUGA